AUGGCCAAACAAGCGAACCUCUACUCGUUCCCCUCAGUCAAGGACAACCUAGCUCCCGCCCUCCGCGCCUACGUCAUCUCCUGCCAGGAAGCCGGCCUCGCCCGCCACAGCGUCUUCAAAGUCGCCGUCUCAGGCGGCUCCCUCCCCAAAACCCUCGCCCAGGCCCUCCUCGCCCCCCCCUCGGGCCCCAACGACGAAGUCAAGUGGGACAAGUGGGAGAUCUUCUUUGCCGACGAGCGCGCCGUCCCCCUCGACCACCAAGACUCGAAUUACUUCCUCCUCAAGCAAGAACUGCUUGACAAGCUCCCAGCCGGCACCGGCCAGCCGACGGUCCACCCCAUCGACACCGAAUAUCUCGACGACACCCAGGAGCUGGCGGAUCAGUACGAGCAAGCCCUCGUCAGGUCUUUUGCCUCGAGGGACAGCGUCAAGCUUCCGAUUUUUGACCUUUUGCUGUUGGGCUGCGGACCGGACGGGCACACGUGCAGCUUGUUUCCCGGGCAUGAGCUGCUGAGGGAGACGAGCGCGUGGGUGGCGCCUAUUGAGGAUAGUCCCAAGCCGCCUCCGAAGAGGGUCACGCUUACGCUGCCGGUGGUGACGCAUGCGGUGAGGAUUGCGUUUGUGGCUACGGGGGGUGGGAAGAAGGAGAUUAUGAAGCAGAUUUUUGAGGAGGGGGCCGGGUUGCCGUGCGCGCUGGUGAAUGAGGGCGCGGGGGAGAGGGCGAGCUGGUUUGUGGAUAAUGAUGCGGUGGAGGGUGUUAGUUAUCCUAGGAGGCCUUUCUCUCUUUAA